CGCUCUCUUUCUCUUUCCUUCCCACCGUUCACAGCCCCCUACCCCCUUGACUGUUCACCAACUAUUCUCUACCGACUCAGAAAGCUAGCGCCGAGGUACUCGCAGAGAGAGCACUGUCACUCGAAUCAUCGCACAUCGGCUUCAUAGUCGGCAGCAUAGCCCACAGCUUUCCACGACAGCCUCUAUUAUAGCCUGUCGGAUCAGCCAGAACAGAUCACUGGACACACAUCCAUCUAUAAAGCAAGGGCGAUCCGAAGCCACGCUCGAGCGACCCUAGAGGACCAGAAGGGUAAGUACCGGCACUCUUCCGUAUUGUUGUAUACAGGGGCACGAGGCUGAUCAGACACUCUCUCCGUCCUAUUCACCCGUAUCCAUCUUUCCACCGCGACCCGUCCUCCUGUGUUCUUCAAUCACUCACAUGUGCCAUGGAAAUACCUCGACCCUCUGUUGUUUAUGUGCUGUGUUCUUUCUCCCCGGCUAUCGGACCGCUCUCUGCCCCAUAUCCCACAUAUUCUCCGGCGACCACAGCCCUCCCACACGCACUGGCGCUCUCGUCCGCCCGUCAAUCGAAGAGGUCCUUUGCCCUGCAGGCCGCCACGCCUUUGCAGCCCGCGCGCCUUUGGGGCGUUUCGCCAACUUGCACUCCCUUUCUCCCCCUUCUCGGCACGGAGCCUCUCUGCCGCCACCUUUCUGCCCCAAAGUAGCGGCGACCGCCCCUCCUCUCUCCUCCACCGAAGCCGUCCAGAAGAAGGGCGUCUCUCGAGAAGGCCAUCCUCCAAACCUUGUCGUCUGCUUCCAGCUCUACCAGACCUGGACUCUUCUGCGGGCUUCUCGCCUAUUCGAGCUUGAGCUUAGCCACUCAUAAAGGGCUCAUCACCUCCCCACACUCCGCUCAAGCCGCACACUCGUCUUUCCAGCCUCUUCAUGACACUCUCCUUCCCUGUCCCGCCAUCAGACGCCCAGUCCGUCCCCUCAUCACCGCCUACCAAACGAGCAAAACUGCAAAACUACCCGACCCAGCCUCGUGCAUCAGAAUUGUCCCCCGUAAGCCCCACCACCGUACCCUCGUAUCCCUCGCCGGCAUCGAUGGACAAUCUUUCUGUGCCACAGAGCGAGUCGUCUCCUCCACAGCACCAGGAGACGUCAGGACGGCAAUUUGCUGUCCCAGCAGUCCAUCGCCGAGAAUCAUUCCAUUUCUCGGGUGAGAGACCGCACCCGCCUGCCGCCCGUGCCAACCAUAGCCUCAGUGGCCCCAUGCCGACGGCGCGUCUUUUGGGCACGCCCUCGGACAAAGGAAGCCCUGCACCAUCAAACAGAUUGCCAAAUGUCGACAAGGAAGAGUUGACUACCAAAGGUCGUAAAAGAAAAAGGCUUGCAAAAGCUUGUAGCGCUUGUCAUGUGGGUUGUAUCAUCAGCCUCGGGUUUCAUCAUCUGACGAUAGCCGUAGAAGAAUAAAAGGCGUUGCGACGGUUUCGCACCGUGUUCGAAUUGCGAAUUCUCGAACCGUCCGUGUCAAUAUGUCAACGCUCAAGGAGAGCCUAUCCCCCCUCCUCGAACCCGAGAUUCGUCUGCUAGCGUUCCUCUCAAGAAGGAUGGUAGCAAAUCUGGUUCAAAUGAAACGUCAAGUAUCAGCCCCGGCCACGAGAGGAAGGCCAGUGGCGACAGUAGCCAUUCUCAACAGGGAAUGGGCGAUGCAGAGCACGAGAUGCGUGAAAAACCGUCAGUCGGGCUCCUCCAGAUAGUGGAGAUGGACGCCAGCCUGAGUGCCGAGCUCGUUGAUAUCUUCUUUAAAAGAUGCCUCCCUCUUCCGAUCAUACUACACCUUCCCACCUUCAACUACCGCCUCUACCUCAAUCAAGUAUCCCCGGUUCUGCUAGACGUAAUCUACGCAUUCGCUGCCCGCCUCUGCGAGAACCCGAUAUUUCUUCAGACUCUCUCGCCGAAUCAUCUUCCCCACCACCGGGGCGAGCUGUUUGCUCUUCGAGCGCAUCGCAAUGCCGAGAGUCUCAUUCAUCAACGCAAAAAGUUCAGUGAAGAAGCUCGCAGAACGGAUCGUGGAUCUUGGCAGGAGACUGAGCUUGCCCAGACGGCGUACCUGCUCAGCGUCUACUUUACGUGCACCCGUCAAGCCAAAUUGGGCCUGUUUUAUCUGGAAGCUGGCAUUGAUAUUCUUCGCCCCUCUCCUGUUCCCUAUAUCCAGCCACCGGUCGCUCAUCCGGGGUCGAAUCCUAUCGAAUUUACAACACAUAUGGAGACUCGAAACAGGACGUUCUGGGCUUUGGUCCUGCAUGAUCUGUGCGCAUCGACGAAUGGGCGUCCGAGAAAGUUGACAGAGGCCGAUCUGGGGACGAUACCACUCCCUGGCAGUGAAACGCAAUGGGCUAGAUGGGGUGGUAGCGGGCCUAGUGGACGUGAGCCUGGAAGGCGAGAUGGUCUGGUUCCCGGGACUGGGAGCUGGUCUGACGAGGAAGGCUCGGUAGGAGAGGUCGGUCACGUGAUUCGGAUUCUUUCCAUUUUGGCUGAUAUCAUGGCCCUUGCAACUGAUUCCAGCUCUGGAGACUCCAAGCAAGUUUUUGCGCUACGCCUCGAGGGUGCGCUGAAGAACUGGGCCAUGAGCCUUCCUCGCCACAUGCAUUUCAACGAGCCCAACCUUACGCACGCUGUCGGAAAGCUUGCGUCCCAGGCGCCCGAGGCCAAGACGUCUGGCUGGAUGUAUGCGUACAUGCACGCUGCCGCCGAGUGUGGGAUGUUUUAUCUCCAGGCUGCUGUAGCGCCUGUCAGUGACGGCGUCGUCACUGCCCGCAGGCAAAGCCAAGCCAUCGAAAACUUGAUCGUCAUCAUGGACACGAUUGGUCUCGCUGGUCGAGAAGGAAGCUGCUUUGUAUUUCCACUCUUUGUCAUUUCAAACUGGCAAGACCACUUGGAAAAAUCCGAACUCUUAAUCCGUGAUGUCAAGCAUCAUCUCACUGAGGAGAGGUUAAAUCUUUGGUGGGCUGAAAAGAUCCGAGAAUGGGGCAUUGAUCAGCACGAGGUUCUACAGCGUGGCUUCUACGCUCUACCCUUUCCCUCUACCGCUUCCUCCCCGAGCUUUCAUCAGUCCCGAAUGCCUUCCGUUGAGACGCCCUCGAGCCUGGGGCUUUAUCAGACCUCGCCCCGAGGUCGGGCAUCCAUAGACUCUGUAACGGCCAUAUCUCCAUCAUCUAGCGCGGCAAUUUCCACUCCACACUUUUCAGGCAAUCCUCGUCUUAGCUUGCCGAGUCUCCCUCCGUUCCGACCCAGAGCUACGUCCGGUGCUAGCGCCAUGUCAUAUUAUGGCGGUCGCUCUCCAUCACCGCCCCACCAUUUGCCGUAUGUCAACACGUCGUCAGACAGGGAACGAGAUUCGGUCACUCUACCACCGCUCUCGGUCGAACUAAGCAGGUUCAGAGAACCUCCUAGCCCCAGACACCCCUUGUCCCAGAGUAUCAGCAGUCGGUACCUUCCAAAGAGCCACCCCUAUGUCAGAGAGAGGCCGCGAUCUCCUCGAGAGACUGGACGACAUGGGGAAGGGAUGUCGGGUAUUGCGGCUCUCGUCAGCGUCGCUGAGAGGGAACGGGAGAAAGAUAUUGCCAAGGAAGGUAAAAGUUGAUUGAUCAACGGUUCAUUGAAGCGUGUAUACAAUGGCAGAACAAAAAGAGUGUAUAUAUAACCUGCCUGGAAGCUGGGGUAUCUUGUAGCUGUAAAUGUUGCCUAUGUAUCUUUGACCUGGACAUCAA